AUAGAAAAGAGGACCAUUUAGAGUAUAGAUCAAUUGAAUCUUUCGUUGAGAUACUAGAAGAGAUUUUCAUCGCAGAUCAACGCCGACAUGGAGUCCAAACACCAGCCAUGUAACUCGGUACCAACCAUUACUUUCUCAGAUGAGAUGCGUCAGACAGGGAUCUGUCCUCCAAGUCACAUCGCAGAGGCCCUCGGGCACUUACACCAUUCUGGGAUUGUCGUUCUUGAUAAUGUGAUAGAUGUAGGGCAUCUAGAUGCCUUAAACGCUAUGCUUGUCCCAGAAGCUAUCACCUUGAGCAAGACGUCAGAGGAGCGUUUUAAUUUCGGUGUCCAUACAGGCAACAUUAGCCUAGGUCCUCCUCUCGACGAGGCCUUCAUGUUUUCAGACGUGUGGGCCAACCCGUUCGCCUUAAGUAUAUUGGCUGCUAUUUUAGGACCUACACCAGUACUACACUUUGCAAGCGGCAAUACAGCAUUGCCGGCCACGUCACGACAGCCUGUUCAUUCUGAUAUCGACUUUCCACAUCCACGUUUUCCCUUCUCGUUCGUUGUGAACAUACCUCUCGUGGAUGUGACGGAAGAUAACGGAGCUACUGAAGUCUGGAUAGGUUCGCAUACUACAACUUCAUUCAGCGACCAGGUCCUAAGCCUCGAUCAAAAAGAUGGUCUACCUGUACACGCAAUCCUCCCAGAACUUGUGGCACAACGCCAAGAUAUUUCACCGCCGGUUCGAGCCUGCACACGAAAGGGGAGCAUCAUAAUUCGGGACUUACGCCUUUGGCACGCUGGGCUGCCCAAUCUGACAUCUUCUGCUCGCGUCAUGCUAGCUUUUGUUUGGCAGGCAAAUUGGUGGUGUGGGAAAGGAUUUCUAAGGUUACCUGCAACGACCCAAACAGUAACAAAGGCCUGGCAGCAAGGCACAGUCACGUUUCGUAUCUCAGUGGAAUGGGUUGAUGGUAAAGUGAUUCCGCAGGUGAAUGGAACUCAAGAAACUAGUUUGGCCAGCUCAGACGCUACAUUACAAGAUAUGUUCUAAAGGCCAUAUUAUUGUUCUCACAUGGCUUGCCUAACACAAAGGAUUUGAAGAAAGGUAUCUAAAUUCUGCCAACUCUAGAAAAUUUCUAUUCUACGACAUUGGUAGAGCUGGUGGAUAGAAUGAAAUUAUUACGUUGCAUUUUGAAUAUAUUAGAGCC